AUGGGGAAGAUGGAGCAGAGGAGGAGCGGGGGAGCGGGCAAAGGAGGUGCGGAGGGCAGGAGGAGGGACAAGACCAAAGGGACCAAACCAGCAGACAACGGCAACGCCACAAGGCCAGCUGUACCGAUCACUCCCUCCCAGGGCAGUGUGAAGGCUGUGAGGUCCAGGCUCAAGGGUCAGACAGAAGAAGAGGAGGAGGAGGAGGCCCACUUCACCCUGACCCUCACCCCAGAGGCAGUGCUCCUUUUGCAGAGGAGGAGCACCCAGAAGCCUACCAGAUCCUGCUGCGGAGGAGUGACCGAGGCCAGGCCAAACGGACGGCAAAAGCGCCCCCCACCCGCCCAGAGCAGACUCAGCCCAAAGAGGGGCGUAGAGGAGCCAGACAUAGACCUGCGCUCCAUCCUCAAGAUCUCCCUGCUCAACGACCGGCACAAGUACGACGACGUGGAGUAUGAGGAGGAGCAGUACGGCCUGGACCAGAGGGUGGCGCUCAAGUGCACCGAGUGGCUGAGGGGUCUGGAGUGUCCCCUCACUGGAGCGGGGACCACAGCGGGGGGAGUGGGUGUGUGGAAGGGCAGUGCCAAGAACUGUUGA